AUGGGUGGAUGUGGAAGCAAAGAAGGCAAAGAACAAGCAGAUCGGAAUCGCCAAAUCGAAAAGCAGCUAAAUGCCGACCGUCGUGCAAAAGCCAAUAUGAUAAAACUUCUCCUAUUAGGUGCCGGCGAAUGUGGAAAAUCCACCGUACUCAAGCAGAUGCAAAUUCUACACAGCAACGGCUUCACAGAGGACGAAAUUAAUGAGAAAAAGUCGAUCAUCUAUGGGAAUACUGUCGCGUCGAUGUGUACAAUUCUGAAGGCUAUGGAUGCGCUUUUGAAGUUGCAUGUUAAGCCGGAAUUGGAGGCAGACCGGUUGAUGGUUUUGAAGAUUCAAGAGAUGGGGCAAGAAGCUGAUCCAAUAACUCCAGAGCUCUCGGAAGCACUACAGCGAUUAUGGGCCGAUCAAGCAGUUCAGCAGGGAUAUGAUCAGCGAGCCGAAUAUCAGCUGGUUGAAUCAUCGAAAUAUUUUCUCGAUAAUAUAGAACGGAUAGCCGAGCCGGGCUAUCGACCUACAGAGCAGGAUAUUCUCUUCUCCCGGGCGGCCACCACCGGAGUGGUUGAAGUCAAAUUUAAGAUCAAGGAUUUGGAUUUUAGAGUUUUCGAUGUUGGAGGUCAACGUUCCGAACGCCGAAAAUGGAUUCACUGCUUUGACAACGUCGAGGCCAUCAUUUUUAUCACAGCUAUAUCAGAAUACGAUCAAGUUUUAUUUGAAGAUGAUCAAACGAACCGUAUGAUUGAAUCAAUGCAACUAUUCAAUUCGGUGUGCAACUCCACCUGGUUCAUGAACACCUCGAUGAUCUUGUUCAUGAACAAGAAGGAUUUAUUUGCGCAAAAAAUCAAGCGCGUCAACAUCACCACAGCCUUUCCGGACUAUGAUGGUGGUCAAAACUACGAAGAAGCCAUCCACUACAUCAAGCUGCGCUUUGGGGAGCUGAAUCAGAAUCCAGAAAAGAAAAAUGUGUAUAUGCACGAGACGUGCGCUACGGAUACCAAUCAGGUGCAACUCGUCAUCUCCAGCGUCAUUGACACGAUUAUACAAAAAAAUUUGCAGAAAGCUGGCAUGAUG